CUGGGAAAACGUAAACAAAUUAAGAAAUAAGUUUCCAAAAUGGAAAUAGUUUGGUCUGAUUUUAGCGAAACCUGUCUAAUAAUAAAGAGUGUUUGGAGACACCCGACUUAUGCAGCGAAAGUGAAGAACCCUGGGAGUAUGUUUACGAAGUGUUAUGGUUUGAAAUUGGCUCCUUUGUUCGCAACAAAUUAACUCCCGCCUUUUGGUCUUGUUUUAAACACACACAAACUCUUUCAAAAUUUGAUUGCGAAAGCGAAACAGCGGAUGACCUACAACUUCAGUAUAAACUGUUUACAAAUUUUGUAAAUGCCGUCAAAGGUCUAGAUCCCAAUUAUCAGGUCUUGAAAAAUUGGACUCAAUACGAGAGAUAACAGAUCACAGCCACUCGUUGGCAAAGCUAAAUGAAUUGUUGCGGUCUUCGUUGCUAUCCCAACUGCACACAAAUUUUAAUAACGUGGUCUUUUCGUUUUAUAGUGUGUUCUUUUGAGUCUUUUUUAAAUUACAUCAAACCGCUGAUCAGGCUGGGCAAGACAACGAAGAUUUGGAGGAAUCCGGAAUACCCUGCAGGAAUCCGGAAUACCCUGCAGUGUCUUUUUGCAGACCAUUAAUGAAGUUAAUCAAAAUGGCUCGACGAUGUGGUCAUUAGUUGGCUGAAGCAAGUUUUCCACAGCAAGUCCAUGGCCUCGGAUGCUAUGCAUGUCGAUGAUAGCUCUCGGACCUCGGAUGCUAUACAAAGUUUAAAGGUCAAGCUGACGUUUUAUGUUUAUGAAAAUUAUGCCAUCAGUGUAAUAAACCAAUUUUCAAGUUUAUUAUAGAUUUUCCGGAUUCCAUACCAGCCGUUAAAGAUCUCAGUAUAUGCAUGGAAAAGAUUAACAUAAGGCGUCAGAUUAUCAACACUUUGAAAACCUCAUUGGAGAUAAGCAUUUUACAUCCGGGGGUAAAUACCAUGGAUAUUUUAAUUGGCUAUGUGGCUGCCAUCAAGGCCAUACGUUAACUGGACAGCAGUGGAGUUAUUUUGGAAACAAUAAGAAAACGUAGUGGUACUCUACGUUGUGUGGUUACAAGUCUAACUGAAACUGAAUCAGGUCCCACCGAUUUGUCGGAAGAACUGGCCAAAGGUGAUGCGACCAAAGAUGGUGGUACCGCAGGCAAUGUCAACGAUGAACUCAGUAAUUGGGAAAAUUGGCAACCCGAUCCUUUUGUUCUGGAAAAUUCCGUACAACCAAGAGCUGUAAAUACCUCACGUUGUACCAAUAUCAUCACCAUGGUCGUGGAUAGCUUUGGCAGUAAAGAAUUAUUUAUGAGUGAAUAUCGAAAUUUGCUGGCAGACCGUUUGCUUACACAACUGGCAUUCAGCCCUGAGAAAGCGAUAAGAAAUUUGAAAUUAAGGUUUGGAAAAUCUCUACUGCACAAUUGUGAAGUUAUGCCUAAGGAUAUAACGGAUUCGAAACGCAUCAACAGCCACAUACACAGUGAUCCUAAAUAUGUCGAACGUUUUCCGGUCUUAUAUUGUUGGUAUGUUAACCAUUGAACGCAUACACCACAUGAUGCCUCCAAUGG